AUGGUUAAAAAAGCUAUUGAUUCCAGAAUUCCAGCUCAGAUCCGUAAUGGGGUCCAGGAGAAACAGCGUAGUUUCUUCAUCAUCGUUGGUGAUAAAGCUCGUAACCAAUUACCAAAUUUGCACUAUUUGAUGAUGUCUGCGGAUUUGAAAAUGAACAAAUCAGUCUUGUGGGCUUAUAAAAAUAAACUUUUGGGAUUCACUUCACAUAGAAAGAAAAGAGAAACAAAAAUCAAAAAGGAAAUCAAAAGAGGUAUUCGUGAAGCUAAUGAACAAGAUCCGUUUGAAUCAUUUAUUUCAAAUCAAAACAUUAGAUAUGUCUACUAUAAAGAAUCAGAAAAAAUUUUAGGUAAUACAUAUGGGAUGUGUAUUUUACAAGAUUUUGAAGCUUUAACUCCUAAUUUGCUAGCAAGAACAAUUGAAACAGUUGAAGGUGGUGGUAUUGUUGUUUUACUUUUGAAAUCCAUGUCAUCAUUGAAACAACUUUACACAAUGUCUAUGGAUAUUCACAGCCGUUAUAGAACAGAAGCUCAUGAUGAUGUUGUCGCUAGAUUCAAUGAAAGAUUCAUUUUGUCUUUAGGAUCAUGUGAAAAUUGUUUGGUUGUUGAUGACGAGUUGAAUGUUUUACCAAUAUCUGGAGGUAAACACGUCAAACCUCUUCCACCAAAAGAUGAUGAUGAGUUAUCACCAAAAGCUCAAGAGCUCCAAACAUUGAAGCAAUCAUUAGAAGAUGUUCAACCUGCUGGAUCAUUGGUUUCGCUUGCUAAAACGGUUAAUCAAGCCCAAGCAAUUUUGACUUUUGUUGAUGCAAUCUCAGAAAAAACUUUAAGAUCAACUGUUGCAUUAACAGCUGGUAGAGGUAGAGGUAAAUCCGCAGCAUUAGGUAUUUCAAUGGCUGCAGCAGUUUCUCACGGAUAUUCAAAUAUUUUUGUUACAUCGCCAUCUCCAGAAAAUUUAAAAACUCUUUUUGAAUUUAUCUUCAAAGGUUUUGAUGCUUUAGGUUACCAGGAACAUUUAGAUUAUGAUAUUAUUCAAUCAACCAAUCCAGCUUUUAACAAGGCAAUCGUCAGAGUUGAUAUUAAAAGAGACCAUAGACAAACCAUUCAAUAUAUUUCACCAAGUGAUUCUCAUGUUUUGGGCCAAGCAGAAUUGGUUGUUAUUGAUGAAGCUGCUGCUAUUCCAUUACCAGUUGUCAAAAAAUUAUUAGGUCCAUACCUUGUGUUCAUGGCUUCAACAAUCAAUGGUUAUGAAGGUACAGGUAGAUCUUUAUCUUUGAAAUUGAUUCAGCAAUUACGUGAACAAUCUGUCACUGAUGGUAGAAAUGAUGAUACAACUGUUGUCUCCAGAGAUAGCAAAGAUAAUAAUGAGCCAGAAGUUCUAGGUCGUACUUUACGUGAGGUUACACUAGACGAACCAAUCAGAUAUGCCCCUGGUGAUGCAGUUGAAAAAUGGAUGAAUAAAUUAUUAUGUUUAGACGUCUCUCUUUCUAAAAAUUCCAGAUUUGCAGCCAGAGGUACACCACACCCAUCCCAGUGUAACAUGUUUAUUGUUAACAGAGAUACUUUGUUCUCGUAUCACCCAGUUUCUGAAAACUUUUUACAUAAAAUGAUGGCUUUAUUUGUUGCUUCCCAUUACAAAAAUUCACCAAAUGAUUUACAAUUAAUGAGUGAUGCACCAGCUCAUGAGCUUUUUGUUUUAUUACCACCUAUUGAUGAAAGCAGUGGUAGAAUUCCAGAUCCAUUAUGUGUGGUUCAAAUAGCUUUAGAAGGUGAAAUUUCAAAAGAAAGUGUUCGUAAUAGUUUAAGUCGUGGUCAUAGAGCAGGUGGUGAUAUGAUACCUUGGGUUGUUUCUGAACAAUUCCAAGAUGAAGAUUUUGCUAGAUUGAGUGGUGCUCGUGUCGUUAGAAUUGCUACAAAUCCUGAUUAUGCAAGUAUGGGAUACGGUUCAAGAGCAAUGGAAUUACUAAGGGAUUAUUUUGAAGGUAAAUUUACAGACAUUUCAGAAUCUAAUACCACUAAAGACUACAAUGUCAAGCGUGUGAGUGAUAAAUAUUUGGAAAAGACAAAUCUUUUGAAAGAUGAUGUCAAGCUUCGUGAUGCUAAAACACUACCACCAUUAUUGUUAAAGUUAUCAGAAAAGGCUCCACACUAUUUACAUUACUUAGGUGUUUCAUUCGGUUUAACUCCUUCUUUACAUAAAUUUUGGAAAAAUAACAAAUUUAGCCCUGUUUAUUUACGUCAAACUCAAAAUGAAUUGACUGGUGAACAUACAUGUGUUAUGCUUUCAUCUUUGGAAAACAGAGAAAACCAAUGGCUCUCAGAAUUUUCAAAAGAUUUCCACAAAAGAUUUUUAUCAUUGAUGUCAUAUGACUUUAAAAAAUUCACUUCAGUUCAAGCUUUGAACGUCAUUGAAAGUGCUAAAGCUGUCCAAAAGGAUGAAGUUGAACAAUUGGACAAGAGUGAUUUGGAUAAGAUUUUUUCACCAUUCGACUUGAAAAGGUUGGAAUCAUAUUCCAAUAAUUUAUUAGAUUAUCAUGUUAUUGUUGAUUUGUUACCUGGUAUUUCAAGCUUAUACUUCGCAGGUAAGAUUGAUGGUGUUAGAUUAUCUGGUGUUCAAAAUGCAAUUUUAUUAGCUAUUGGUUUACAACAUAAAGAUAUUGAUGAUAUUUCCAAAGAGUUGAAUUUACCGGCCAACCAAACAAUUGCAAUGUUUUCCAAGAUCAUCAGAAAAAUAUCAACAUUCUUCAGAGAAUUAUUAAGUAGAUCAAUUGAAAACACAAUGCCAGAAUUUAAAGAUGAUGCUGUUGCUGAAAUUGAUGGUGAAGAUACUCCAAGAUUUGAAGCUAUCAAAGAAACAAUUGAAGAUGAAUUGGAUGGUGAAACCGAUGAAACUAAAAAGGCUUUACGUGAAAAACAACGAGAACUAAUCAAUUCGCUGAACUUGGACAAAUAUAACAUUGAUGAUAAUGACGUUGAAAUUAAUGAAAAAGAUCUCUCAAAAGCUGCAGCAUCAGGAAAAGUUGUUGCAUUGAAAAACAAAAAUGUCAAAAGAAAACAAGAAAGUGCAGAUGAUGUCUACAAUGAAGAAGUUAAAGCUUUGAAAAAAGCUAAAAAGAAGACAAAGAAAUAG